GAUCAUUCUAAAUGUAUUUUAUUAGACUGAAUCAUGCAGUGAAAGAACGCACUCUAAACGCGCACUCGCUCUAGUCUAGACUUCACAUAAUGAAAGCAUGCGCUCUGUAGCGGUGUUUUGAAUGGUUUUUGCAAAAUACUCGAUAAUGUCAAAACGUGUUUGUGUGGAGUUCUCACUCGUGUGUGUGUGUGUGUGUGUGUGUGUUUGUAGAGGAGAUGCAUGCGGAGAUCUGCUACGCUGAGUGUUUGCUGCAGAAAGCCACGCUAACAUUCAUACAGGAUGAAAACAUGAUCAGUUUUAUUAAAGGAGGUAUUAAAAUACGCACAAGUUAUCAAAUUUACAAGGACUGCCAGAGUUUGUCUAACAUGUCUCAGGGAGUGGGCGGAGACAGCGAGGCCUUCAGACAGUUUGAGGGCGGAGUCAAGCUGGGGAUUGGCUCCUUCAACCUGAUGCUGUCUCUACUACCUGCAAGAAUCCUUCGACUGCUGGAGUUUAUCGGCUUCUCAGGGAACAGAGAGUUUGGUUUGUCUCAGCUGCGGGACGGCGCUGGCAGUCACAGUCUCAGGUCUAUCUUGUGUGUCCUGACGCUGCUCCUCUACCACACUUACGUCUGUCUGAUUCUGGGCACUGGUGAGGGGAAUCUGGUGGAGGCCGAGGCUUUAUUAGAGCCCUACAUAGAGCGAUUUCCACGGGGCGCAAUCAUCCUGUUUUACUCGGCUCGGAUCGGCUUACUGAGGGGAAACUUUGAGAACGCGCUGGUGAAGUUCCAGGAGUGUAUCUCGGCACAGCAGCAGUGGCGUCAGAUCCAUCAUCUGUGUUAUUGGGAGCUGAUGUGGUGUCACUCGUUCCAGCAGCAGUGGAGAGAAGCGUAUCGAUACGCAGACCUGCUGUGCCGAGAGAGCCGCUGGUCUAAAGCCAUCUACAUGUAUCAGAAAGCUGCGAUCCUGAGCAUGAUGUCUGAGGAGGAGCUGAAGACGACUGGAGAGGAUGUGGUGGAGCUGUUCAGGCAGGUGGAGGGACUGAAGCAGCGGCUGGCCGGGAAAUCCAUCCCUACAGAGAAGUUCGCCAUCAGGAAAUCACGCAGAUACUCCUCAGACACGCCCGUUAAACUGGUGAUUCCCGCGCUGGAAAUGAUGUACGUGUGGAAUGGCUUCACCAUCGUUGGGAAGCGUGCAGACGCCACUGAGAGUUUACUGAUCACCAUCGAGAGAGCAGAAGAGCAGCUGCGCAACGAUCCCAACCCAUCUGUGUUUCACCCUGACGAUCAGUGUCUGGUUCAGAUGCUGAAGGGUUUGUGUUUGAAGUAUCUGGGCCGAUUGCUGCAGGCCGAGCUCUGCUUCACACAAGUGUUGAGCAGCGAGAAGCUCAUCCGUUACGAUCACUAUCUGAUCCCCUUCACUCUCUAUGAGCUGGGUUUACUCUACAAGCAGCAGGGCAACUACGUCAAAGCCAUGCGCUUCAUCGAGGACGCCAAGUUGAAUUAUAAGGAUUAUUCGAUGGAGUCUCGUCUUCAUUUCCGCAUCCACGCGGCUCUCAGCAGUCUGAAGGGUUCUCCGACAAACUCGCCGUGAUGAAGGACAACGUUCGACCGGAUGAUCAGCACGCGACAAGCACAUUACGACCGUCAUCGAAGCACCAAAGCAGCGCGGUGUAGCGACCGUAGAAAAACACAUUCAUCAACCAUUUCAAACCAAAGCCUCCCCAGUCAUCAGUAACGUCAAAACUAGCAUCUGUGUACCUCAAACCUGAACAUCUGAACACUUAUUUGUUGUCGUUCAUUUAAAUACAGAGUUGUACGUUUGUUCAGCCAAUCAGACGGCUGAAGAAACUCGCUGACGUCCAAUCAGAAAACAGCUGCUGUAAUGAAUGUAACGUUUUACUUUGAAGACCAAAUCCGUUUGUCCGUGAGUGUGUGAGUGAGUGAGUGUGUGUGUGAGAGAGUGAGUGCGUGAGUGAGUGAGUGAGUGUGUGU